GCUUGUAAGUCAUGAAGUCCCUUUUAGUUUAUCGCUCCUAAUCUUGAACAUGGGGGGUGACCGAGAUCCCAAUAUGGCCUGGUUGUUUGUUUCCUCAAAUGAAGGAAGGUAUGUGUUUGAUUUUGCUCAUGGUGUAUAUUUGGUGUAUGCUGGCAACUUGUUUAACCACUUGGGAAUGUGAGAUGGAAAAACAAUGUGAGUGGGCAGUAGGAGUAUGAUGGGGGGUGUUACAUAAAGUAAUGUGUGUAAAACUGCACAAAGCACUAGAGGAGUGGAGCAUGUUAUACAUUCCAGUAUACAUAUGAAUAUGAUUUCUAUAGCUUCUUUGAUUGGUUUAUCAAUGUUGAUUGCUGUUACUCUUCUGAUAUGUUUGAUAUCAGUGCUUAUAUAACGUACUAUGAAGAUAACACAUUAAUUAGAACCUUGAAACGGUUUUGGUACCAUGUUAUUUACUUUAAUACAGGUGAGUAAUCGAAGGACCUUUGUGUGCUGGUUUGCUCAGAAAUAUUAAUACUCAAGUUAAAUUUCUCAAGCUUUCAGGCCUAUAAAUUGUGGAGAAGUCUGAGCUGGUCGAGUGCCACUUCUGCUGCUUAUGUUUUGUUAAUUAUAGGGAAUGAGGUUGAUACAUUUAAUUGUGAGCCUGCUGGGAAGAAUAUCCAUCAGGCUGUCCUUUACUGUCCUUUUCCUUUCACCCCUUUCACCCUCCGAUUCCAGGAGAGAAACUGCAUCUAUAGCAAGAAUUGAUACUGGCAUUGCUCCCGCCUACUUCUUUUCUCCCUAUCUGUGCUCAAAGUGCAGACUCAGGAAGAGGCUAAGCUAUUCGCUUGCAUUGGAAGCAGUAUACACUGGAGUUGGAUGUCCAUUGUUUGGCUCUGUAUGUGGUUUAUGGAGGCCCCGUGGGAGCGUUGACCAAUUUUGACCCCCUCCCACAAAAAAGGAAAGGAGGAAAAAAAAAAACUGUGAGAUAUCUCAUUCCCCCAGUCCCUGUCCUUGCUGUUUUCCUGGACAGCUGCAUUUGCCUGGGUGUGCAGUUUUGAUUAGAGUCUGGGACUGCAGUGACUUAGUGUUGUGCCAAGAUUGGGGAUGGGCAUGGCUGAAUGGGUGCCGCGAGACUGGGCAGCAGGAAGGGUGGGAGAACAGUGGUCCACCUUCCUCCUUACUUUCCAUCCUUGAAAUAGUGUCAUGUCCUGUCACAGAGCAGGAAAGAUCCUGACGGAAGACAUUAACCAUAAGCAAACAAUGACGUAAGAUCAUGAAGGAGAGCGCGAUCCAAACAGAGGAUGAGGAGGGGGUCGCCCCCCUGGGGCUCUCCACGGCCCAGGCCCUCGGCAUCCUGCGACAGCAGCUUUCCACCCUGCUGGAGCAGCAGCAGCAGGUUGCCAGAAGAAGGCCGACUCUACAGGAGCUGUGGACUAAGAGCUUCCUUCACCAUAACAACCGUCACUCCAGCUUCCACUGGCCCGGAGCUGCCCUCACCCUACUUGUCGUGUGUGGGCUGCUCUGCUGCCAUGAGAGUCAGCCAUAUGGCAGCCAGGGCAUAGAGCUGGUGAGUGCCUUUGCGCUCUUCCUCCUGUUAUUGCUGAACCUCUUCCUCAUCGGGCGCCAGGAGAGGCUGAAGAAAAGUGAGAUGGUGCGCCGGCUGAAGUGCGUCAUCUCCCAGCUGGACAAGUCUCUGCAGGGGAGUGCGGGGGAGCCGGUGAGGUGGUCGCCCUCGCUGUAUCCGGACCUGUACACUCCCUCCUCGCCAUCCUGGUCCCUGCACUGGACGUACAGGGAUGACCAGAUGAUCAACCUGCCCGUCAGCCUGCUGGUGGAGGGUGACAUCAUCGCACUGCGGCCUGGACAGGAAUCCUUCGCCUCCCUGCGGGGAAUCAAGGAUGAUGAGCACAUCGUCCUGGAGCCUGGUGAUCUCUUCCCUCCCUUCUCGCCUCCCCCAUCGCCACGAGGGAACGAGAAGAGGGGUCCUCAGAACCCCCAACAGUUCCGCCUCUUCCGGGUGGUGCGGACCCCGAUCCUUGACAACAUCCGGAGCAGUCUGGAGCAGGCUCUGUCCCGGCCCGUUACAGCCCUGGAUAAUGAACGCUUCACUGUACAGUCCAUCAUGGUCAAGUUUGCCUGCCCCGUCGUGCUGGCGGCGUUCUUCAUAGUGAACACGGUGCGUUUCUGCGUAAACGCCCCCAAUCUCACACCUGGCUGCUUCAACUUCUUUCAGCUCCAGGUGAUGGCAGUGCUCCCCAUUCUCCCUCUGCUCUUCCCGGUCAUGUGGGUGCUGGUGAACGCCUACGGAGAAGCGAGGGUCCUGGCCGAGUCCAGCCACACGUCUCCGACUGGCCUGCUUGCUAAGUUCUCUGAGGAUACACUAAGCAGCUACACAGAAGUGGUGUCUUCUCAGGAGCUGUUGCGUUGCAUCUGGAGGCACUUGGUCAGCGUCCUGAGAGGAGAGUCCCAGACGUUGUGCUACACCUCCAGCCUGCUGCACAACCUUGGCUCCGUCACCGUGCUGUGCUGCGUAGACAAGCAGGGGGUGCUGUCCUGGCCUAACCCCAGCCCGGAGACUGUACUGUUCUUCAGCGGCCGUGUGGAGCCCCCCCACGACAGCCAGGACGAUCUGCGGGAUGACCUAUCAGUGGGCUCUUUCUGCCGGACAGAGGGGGAAGAGGACAGGGACGAGGGCCAGGAGGGAGAAGCCCUGCUCUCCCUUCCCAUGGAGCCCUCCGUCCCUGCAGCCAGUGAGCACGAGCCCAGUGAGACGAUGUCGCACGACACCGCCCGCUCCUCAGACGCCAUGCGCCCGCAGCGCCCUCCGCAGUACCCCCGUGCCAAACACCCGUCUGGCUCCAAUGUCAGCUUCAGCCAUGACACCGAAGGCGGUGAGGAAGACUCGGUACAGCCCUGUGGGACGGAGCUGGGCUGCUGCGAAGCCGAGGACUUCGUGUGCGACUACCACCUGGAGAUGCUGAGCCUGUCGCAGGACCAGCAGAACCCGGUCAGCAUCCAGUUCGAUGUCGCAGGGUGGCAGGUCCACCUGCCCUCCCUGAAGCCGCUGGGCCUCAACAUCCUGCUGAACCUAUGCAAUGCCGGCGUGACGGAGCAGCUCUGCCGCUUCUCGGACCACCUGUCCAACCUGGCGCUGCAGGAGAGCCACGGGGCCGUACAGCCCGUCCACGUGCCCUGGGGGCUGUGCGAGCUGUCCCGCCUCAUCGGCUUCACGCCCGGGGCGAGGGAGCUCUUCAAGCAGGAGAACCACCUUGCCCUGUACCAGCUGCCGUCCGGCGAGAAGGCGGAGUCAGCUCAGCGGCGCUCCCACCACAUCACAAAGCGGCAUCCGCCCAUCAGCCACCUCAUCAGCCUGUUUGUGCGCGACAGCACCACCAAUAACGUUCAGAUGCUCUCCCACGGCUCCGCCGACCUCAUUCUCGAGGCCUGUACUGACUUUUGGGAUGGUGCAGAUAUCUACCCCCUUUCCGGCUCUGACAGGAAGAAGGUUCUGGACUUCUACCAGCGCGCCUGUCUCUCGGGAUACUGCUCGGCUUUCGCCUACAAACCCAUGCAGGUGUCCCUGUCGCCGCAGCUGAACGGAAAGUGUGUGGAAUUGACCCCGGGCCCCACCCUCUUUUCCGGGCUGGAGCUGCCCAGCACCACACCCAUCAAACAUGGCAGCCGCAGGAACAGCUGGAGCUCCGAUGAGGGCAUCGGAGAGGUGGUGGAGCGGGAAGACUGCGUGCAGGCCCUCAGCGGGCAGAUCUUCAUGGGCAUGGUGUCCUCGCAGUUCCAGGCCCGGCCGGACACGGUGCGGCUCAUCGACGCCCUGGUCAAAGCCUGCAUCCGCUUCGUCUACUUCUCCAUGCAGGAUGAGCUACGCAGCAAGGUGUUUGCGGAGAAGAUGGGCUUGGAGACUGGCUGGAACUGCCACAUCUCACUGACGCCCAACGGGGAUGGCAACUGUGACAUGCUGCCCUCCAGCCCCAGCCAUGCUGGCUCCCUGCAUGACGACCUGCAACAAGAUUCCCGCGACGAAGCAGAAGGGCUGUUACUCCCGGAGGAUGAGGGGCAGUCGGACCUGGUCAGCUUCCAGCCCACAGACAGCGAUGUUCCCAGCUUCCUGGAGGACUGCAAUCGGGCGAAGCUUCCUCGUGGGAUCCACCAGGUCCGCCCGCACCUGAAAAACAUCGACAACGUGCCCCUCUUGGUGCCUCUCUUCACGGAUUGCACUCCUGAGACCAUGUGUGAAAUGAUGAAGAUCAUGCAGGAGAACCGUGAGGUGACCUGCUGUCUGGGCAGCUCGGCUAACUUCCGCAACAGCUGUCUCUUCCUGCAGAGUGACGUCAGUAUUGCCCUGGACCCUCUGUACCCAUCCCGCUGCUCGUGGGAGACCUUUGGCUACGCCGCCAGCGGUGGCCUGAACGACUACAGCGAUGGCUUGUCUCCCCUGGGGCUGUCGGGCCGGCUCAAUGCCCUGGCCUGUUCCGUCACUUUCCACCAGGGGGAGAGUGUGAGCUUGGUUAAGCUCAUCGAGCAGGCACGUCACACUACCUAUGGCAUCCGAAAGUGCUUCCUCUUCCUGCUGCAGUGUCAGCUCAUGCUCGUCAUUAUUCAGUUUCUGGCCUGUCUGGCCCAGCUGCCCCCUCCCUUGAACAUCACAGACAUCAUGUGGCUGUCCUGUUUCUGCUACCCACUGCUCAGUGUCUCCUUACUGGGGAAACCGCCUGACAGUUCGGUGAUGACCGUCGCCACCGGCAAGAACCUAGACGGCAUCCCCAGGAAGACGCAGCAGUACUUCCUGGGAUGCUUCCUGAUCAAGUUCAGCAUCACGGUCUGCGCUUAUCUCAUGGGCUUCAGCUUCAGCCUGGUGGAGGCGUGCGCGAAGGCCAGGAAAGCCAACGUCAGCUGCACCCACAUCCUCAAUAUGAGUGCGAGUGGUGGAGCCCCCAACUGGUUUGGAGAACUCGCGAACAGCCUGCUGCUCAUUCAGAAGGUCAUGGCGGGGUUUUUGGCUCUACACACAGUGGUAAUCUCCCUCAGCUAUGUGCACCGCUCCCAGCUACUGUGGAGAAAGAGCCCGUUCAGUAACACCUGGUGGUGCCUGACCGUGCCCGUGGUGCUGCUGGGCCAGGGGGUCCAGGCCACAGUGGACUUCCAGCUGUGGAAUUAUAAGACGGACAAUGUGACGUUCACCUUGGGCGACAUCCCCAAGGAAGUAUGGCUGCCCUUGUCACUGUCGCCGCUGCUGGUGGUGCUGGUUAACGAAGCGGUCAAGCUGCAUGAGAUCAGGGUGCGAGAUCGCUACCAGAAGAGACAGAAAUUACAGUUUGAGACCAAGCUGGGCAUGAAUUCCCCAUUCUGAGAGCCUCCCAGUAAGGGUUUCCAAUGGUGCCACCAGCCUGGCAGGAAUUGGGUGGGGGGGGUUCUGUCAAGGCGCUUAUGUCGUAGACAUCCUGCCCGCACUCCGGCGCUGUUUCAGUGGGGAGAGUGCGGUCUCUGUGAAUUUUUUUUUUCUUGUGUGUAUGUAUAUAUAUAUAUAUGUUUUUUUUUUUUUUUUUUUUUUUACAUUGUGAUUUAACCAAGGAACACCCAAAGUGUUUUUGCUUUUUCCUGGCAAAGUUAUAACCCAAAAUCCCUUGCUGUUUACCUGAGAAUGUCUCACUUUAUUUUCAUGCAUGUGUAACGUUCACCUGAUGCACUGCCUGAACCGCAUAAAGGGAUGAGAGGUGUGACCUUUUGGAAACAUUCAGGCAGAGCAAGUCAGCUGGGCGACACUGCAUGACCUCUGCUCCCUCUCAAAGGCCCGCAAUUUGAAGGCUGCUGCAGCCCAACGUUUCCCACUUUAGAGAUGAGCCACACGCUUUGGGCCUUAGUCUAUCGGAUUAUAAUACAGGCUCCUUGGCAGCCUGCGUCUGUCGUACCGGCUACUAAAUGUGAAUGUCUGUUUCUUCUGAAGACUCUUCUUUGGGGUAGUGAAAGGGAAGCUUCAGAAAGGGCAGUGGCAGGUGUACAAAAAACAGCAUUAAAGCCAGGUCACGCCUGGCCAAGCAGAUCUGUCGGGUAUUUAAGCAGCAACUAGAUUAAAAUUCCAGAACAGUUUAUAUUUUAAAAACCAGAAAAAAAACUGUAGGCAAUAUGGUACAUAAAAAUGCUUUUUACAGUCCUCGAUGUGUACGUAAUAUAUAACUUAAAUGGGACUAAUUCUGAAAUAGACUACAGGAUGAGUAUUCUAUAUUAUGUAUUGAAGAAUGAAACAAUUACAAUAUGAAUACUUACUAUGAAAGAAGUGGGGAAUAUUUAUUGACAUGUGACAAAUGUGUUUAAUUUCUUUUGUUUAGGAGAACCAUUGCAUCUUAUUGGUUUCCAAUAAUUUAAUUUUUUUUUUUAUGGGAUUCCUAUUUUUUAUCCUCUGUAGAUAAUGUGCAGUACUGUAAUACACCAGUUUGCUGCGUGUCCUUUUUCAGUAGUACUGUAAGAGAGGUGCAACAUCAAAUAACUUCCUUAUAUUGACUUAAGCUGACAUACAGCUUGAUACGACUAGCCUUCUUCGUGAUUCUGUCAAGCUGUCAGUCAGCUUAAGUCAAUAUAAACCAUCAAGGCGAAAAGCAAACUGCGAUUGAAAGGUAGUGACAUCCUCAAAAAAGCCGCUGUACAAAACCCUACUAAUGUGAGUGUAUUUUCCAGAUUUUUCUACCAUUAUGCAUAUGUCCUUGCCCAUUUUCAGGCAUCCAUUGCUGAGCCAGAACCUGCUCAAAUACAUUUACAGCUUACAGCCGUAUUUAAAUCUUUUUUUUUUCUGUCAGCCUUUCAAAACACUGGAGAGGGAGUUUAUUGUUAUCCUGGCAGCACCAUACAUGAUGGUUUCACAGCAUGCAUUGCAUGUUCAAAAUACAUGUAUAUGUGUUAUACCAAAAUAAUGUUUUCUUAAUUAGUGUGUGAACCGGGAUGGGGGCGGGGGGCGUGUGUCUCUUGAAAAGGCUGUUUAAUUACUAGUCGAGUAUCUUGAAUAUUGGAAAGGAGGAAAUAUGUGUCACUGUACAGCAUUUCUACCUCUGACUCAAGUGGGGUAAAUGACUGUUUUAGAUGCUGCAGGUGGUUCAGGGUGCACUUCUGCCUGCUUAUUAUUAUUAUUAUUAUUAUUAUUAUUAUUAUUAUUAUUAUUAAUAUUAUUACUAUUUUAUUUUUUAUCCAGUCUAUCAGAAGUUGAUCUGCUUUUAAUAGCAUUUAACUGUGAAACCCUUUGCACUGGUAACUGGACAGUACACAACCUCUUUCAUAAACAUAUUGGAAUCAUCUAAACAGGAUCAUAAUAUCAAUACCGUUGAUAAUUCUGUAAGGAGUUUCUAUUUUGCACCAGUUAUAGUUAUGGUCAACAACUAAUUUCUGUGUUCUGAAGUGAAUGGACUUGUAUGCCAGCAAGAUAGUUAUGUCCUGAGUACUGCUGUUGAGUUAGGUGCUGGGCGAUCUUCCACCUGUAGCUAUCUCUUUAAAACAGGGUUUUCCACUACGAGUUCCAAGGAAUUUUUUCAUGCUUAUAACAACGUAAACUUAAUGUGGUGCCUUUUGCACAAAAUAGUCUGAAAAUGCAUUCAAUUCAAAUUUAGAUUUAAAUGGAAAAUUAAAACGAAUUCUUUAAUUUUACAUCUGUCAUGCAAACUCGAUUCAAAUUCUCAAAACUGUGAAGCAUUUUGAAAUGAAAUAGAAAUUUAGUCAAGAGCAUAAUUACUGGUCUUCCUGCUGGACUCUUACAUAAUGGAUUACCAGGAUUACAAUUCACAAGCCCAGUCAGUGUAAAGCCUGAGCUGCAAUGGUUACCUGCAUCCUCAGGUAGCAAUUGUCAGUUGAUGUUAAAAGUGCUUUACAUUGGUGUGUGAAGAUGCUAAUAUCAAACAUACUGCCCUUCAGCGCACUGGACAUGCUGCAAAAUAGAACAUUAGCAACUCUUAAGUUUAUGCAAUUCAUAGUGCAAUCCCUUUUUUUUUCGUUUUUUUUAAUUAUUUGCAUGCUGACAAACAUAAUGGCACUGCCUUGACCACUUUUUUUGUGUCUCUUGAGCAUGUAUUGUUUUGUUAAAGCAGCAUGUGGGACUGCUGGUGCAUCUGAAACCAUUCACAGGCACCAAUCAAUAGUCUCAUUUCCAAAGCCUUGUCUAUGGGCUGCAGCGAGACUAAGUACCUCUGCACAUACACACAACUGUACAGUACAAGAACCUACAUUAAUCUGAUUAGUGAUGGACUAUUUUUGUCAUUGUCCCUGACGGAUUUAUAAAUGUUGUAAAUUUUGUAUUUUUAAAGUCUUUAUGUAAAAUUAUUUUUAAAUAAUCUGUCAAUUAUGUUAAUAAAUAUGGUCUUUUUUUAAA